CUCCUCUCCCCCCUACUCCAACACCCACCAAGCAAGCCACUUUGUAGGACUGUCUUGCAGAAACACUUAAGUGUGCAAAAUGGGUGUUUAACAGAUGUCUCCUCUGCCUUCUUUCUAAUCACGACACAUCAGAAACAGCCUCAGUAUCCAGGAAAUAGUUCUUACUGGUUCAUGGUUUCGUGUAAAUCUCUCCCUCCCCAGAUUCCUCUUAUCCUCAUAUACAAGGCCUUGAUCUCACUACGCAAGGACUUCAUUUUUGAGCUACACAUCCAGCCUCCAGGGUUCCCAAGAGUCAUGUUGUCAGAAGCUUUGCUGGUGUCUGCUCCAGGGAAAGUCAUCCUUCACGGGGAACAUGCUGUGGUGCACGGCAAGGUAGCACUGGCAGCUGCCUUGAACUUGAGAACAUUCCUGCGGCUUCAACCCCAGAGCAAUGGGAAAGUCAGCAUCAACUUACCCAACAUUGGUGUCAAAUGGGCCUGGGACGUGUCCGAGCUUCAGUUAAUGGACACAAGCUUUUUAGAUCAAGGUGACUUUAUAGCACCCUCGCCAGAGCACGUGGAGAAGCUAAAGGAGGCGGUGGGCUUCUCUGAUGACUGCGCCACCACCCAGCUGGCUGUGCUGGCCUUCCUGUACUUAUACCUGGCCAUCUGCCGGAAGCAGAGGGUCCUGCCAAGCCUGGACAUCACGGUGUGGUCAGAGUUGCCCACUGGGGCAGGUUUGGGCUCCAGUGCCGCCUACUCGGUAUGUUUGGCAGCCUCCCUUCUGACCACGUGUGAGGAGAUCUCGAACCCACCGAGGAACGGCGAGGGAGUCGGCAGGUGGGGCGAGGCGGACCUGGAGCUCAUUAACAAGUGGGCUUUUCAGGGGGAGAGAGUGAUCCAUGGGAACCCCUCUGGGGUGGACAACACAGUCAGCACGUGGGGAGGAGCCCUGCACUACCAGCAAGGGAAGAUGGCAGCCUUACAGAGGCUCCCCAUUCUCCAGAUCCUGCUGACCAACACCAAAGUUCCACGCAGCACCAAGGCCCUCGUGGCUGGCGUCAGGAACAGGAUGAUGAAGUUCCCCAAGAUUGUGGGCCCCCUCCUGGCCUCCAUAGAGGCCAUCUCCCUAGAGUGUGAGCGCGUGCUUGGAGAGAUGGCCGCAGCCCCAGCCCCAGAGCAGUACCUCGUGCUGGAGGAGCUCAUCGACAUGAACCAGCAUCACCUGAACGCCCUUGGCGUGGGCCACGCCUCCCUGGACCAGCUCUGCCAGGCGACAGCGGCACAGGGGCUGCACAGCAAGCUCACGGGAGCAGGUGGUGGCGGCUGUGGCAUCACUCUCUUGCGGCCAGGUGUGGAGCAGGCCUCGGUGGACGCCACCAAGCAGGCCCUGACUGGCUUCGGCUUCGACUGCUGGGAGACCAGCCUUGGUGCCUCGGGGGUCUCCAUCCACUCGGCCGCCUCCCUGGACACCCGGGUCCCACAAGCCCUGCGAGGACUCUGACACAGGCCUGGGGCGGCAACCCCACCAUGAAGCCUCUUAGGGGAUUUUUCUGGGGCUGGAGUUGGCCAGUGGCUGCCAGCUCUGCCCUUGGCAGGCCUCCUGCCUUCUGGGAAGUACAUCAGCGCCCUGCCGGGCAGCAGGGCCUAGUAGAGGCCCUGACACUUCAGGACUCCCUCGAGCACUCAGGGAUCUACUACCCAGGCCUGGCCUUCCCCUGCAAGCCCCCCGGCCCUGGAGCUGUGGGCCUGCUUUCAGGAGCUGGCUCUCUACUGUCUCCUUGCCUCUUGGGACUGGGGUCUUCCCAGCCAUAGAGGGCCGACUUUGUCUCCCUCCCUCCCAUCCCACCACAGGUGGCCUGCUCUCUUGGAUAGUAAGCUGGGCUCAAGGGCUGUGCUGGGCCGAAGGUUGGCUGAGUGAAGGCUGGGUGGACCUGCCAUCUUCUCGGGUGUAAUUGAGGGUUUGGCAGGCAAGAUGGUGGCAGAGAAUAAAAGGAAGUGCACAUGUC